UUUGAUUGGUGCAGCGUUUUAACGUCACAGAACACGGGACAAACAUGGAGGGAAAGACUGAGGACGCGUCCAAACCUACACCUGCUCAGAAACAGCUUCUUAAAAGACAGCAGGACCUGGAGCACUGGAAGAGGCACUCAAAACAACUGCGAAGCCGUAAUUUGAUCACGGGCCUGACCAUCGGAGCCUUUGUGCUGGGCCUAUUCAGCUACACCAUCCUCUCAGUCAGACAGGAGAGAAUCAUGGAUGAGAUUGACGAUGAGGCAAAGAUCUUCGUCAUGAAAGGCCCUCGGACAGGGGCCAACUCUUAGACGCUCCUCUGUCUCACUGAUGCAGUUAACAUUAUUUGUCUUGAUGUUUGAGACUGUAGAUCGCUUGAUACAUUAUCAUUGGACAUAUUUUCCGGUGGCCACAUUAUAUGGCACCAAGCAAAAUGCCCUCAUGAACUUGUUAACUUGUGUUUUUCACUAAGGAAUGAUUUCAUUAUAUAUUAAUUUAUUUGAAUCAUUCCUCAAUCAUGCCUUUUCUUGUGUUACUUGCUGUAACUUAAAAAUAAAACAAAUGAAUAUUGAA